AAAGAAAAAUUCUUCUCCAAAUAAUGACAGAAUAGAAGCGAAGCCGUUGGUUUCCCUUACUUUUUUCCCCCAUCAGAUCCUGAAUUACCAUCAGACGGUCCGAUUUUUUUGGAUAUUUUACUCCUACUGUCCUACAAAACACUGCAUAAAGCAUAACCCCUAAUAAAAAAUUGUCUUUUUACUUUUUUCCUUCGCCGUCGCCACAGAAAGAAGUGACACACACAACGCCAAAUCAGUGAUUUCAAUCACCUCAACGCCGUCGAUGUAAGUCACUGAUUUAUAAACCUGAAAGCCCAAAAAAUUUUAAAAAAUAUAUUUAAAAGGAAAAAGAAAAAGAAAAAAUGAAAAUAGAAAAUGGAAUAUUACGCUGACACCAUAAAACCACAGCUCAGCAAAAAGAAGUCCUCUCUCUCUCUCUUUCUUCAAACUUCUCUGAAACAUUACCGAUGUCCACCGCAACCGUCGCCAAAUCCACUUAAGCUGUCGCUGAGUCUGUCAACUUCCUUUUGUGUUGAAAUUAUUAUUGGUUUUUUGUUCCGUACAUGGCGGAGGUGGACGACGUCGUUUCGAAGACGUUCCGAGCUCUUGUCGAGAGCGCGGACCGUAAAUUCGCACGUGUCCGGGACUUCCCGUCAUACGGACGAGCACAAGGCCAACACUUUUUCCAGAAAGUCUUCAAAGCCUACAUGCGGUUAUGGAAAUACCAGCAAGAGCAUCGAACCGAGCUUGUCAAAGCAGGUCUGAACCGGUGGGAGAUUGGCGAGAUCGCCGGUCGGAUUGGCCAGCUGUAUUUCGGCCAGUACAUGAGGACGAGCGAGGCUAGGUUUCUGGUGGAAGCGUAUGUUUUCUAUGAAGCGAUUCUGAAGAGGAGGUAUUUUGAAGGGUGUAAAGUGAAAGAUCUUGGUGUCCGGUUUAAGGAGUUGAGAUUUUUCGCACGGUUUUUACUCGUUUCGUUGAUUUUGAACCGGACCGAGAUGGUGAAAGUUGUCGUCGAAAAGCUCAGAGCUCUUGUUGAUGAUUGCAAGGCUAAUUUUCGGGAAACAAACUUUAAAGAGUGGAAGCUAGUAGUACAAGAAAUUCUCCGCUUUAUGAACGUUGAUACAACUUUUACAAUUACAAGUGCCAGGCCAGUUAGGUACCGUGCUAUUUUUGACUGUCAUCCAAAUUCGGUUCCAUAUGUGGCUCGAUUCCAUGCAAAGAAGGUUCUAAAGUUUCGAGAUGCAAUCCUGAUGAGUUAUCACUGGAAUGAGGUUAAAUUUGCAGAACUUACUCUGGAUGCAUAUAGAAUGCUGCAAUGUUUGGAGUGGGAGCCUAGUGGAUCAUUUUACCAAAAGCAUCCAGCUGAACCGAAGGAGAAUGGUGUUGCAGUUGAUUAUUCUGGAGCUUCUGGACUAAUAGAUAUGAAUUUGUCUGCCGACAUGAUGGAUCCAACUUUACCUCCAAAUCCUAGGAAGGCUAUCCUGUAUCGACCGUCUGUAACACAUUUGAUAGCAGUUAUGGCAACAAUUUCCGAGGAGCUCCCUCCAGAGAGCGUUAUGCUGGUUUAUCUAUCAGCCUCAGGGAAGUCUGGUCAUAGUAAUGCUUCUCCGGUAGAAACUUCAGGAGGAUCUAGGCGAACAACAAAAAACAAGCUUGCUUCUCACAAUUCCCUAGAACAGAAUUUCCCUGCACCUGAAUCCCACAUUAAUGGCAAGAAAGGGUCUAGUGACUAUUAUGAUGAUUAUCUGUGGUUAGGUCCUAAAGGAAAUAGUGGUUCAAGUAACCUUUAUCCUGGUGAUAUAAUUCCUUUCACCCGAAGACCUCUUUUCUUGAUCAUUGAUAGUGACAGCAGCCAUGCAUUCAAGGUCUUACAUGGUGCAGAAAGGGGAGAGAAAGCCGGCCUACUGCUUUCGCCAUUAAGGCCAAUGUUCAAGGACCCAUCUAUUGCUGAUAUUACUCAGAAUGGAAGUCAGUUUACCUUUUUCUUGACUGCUCCUCUACAAGCAUUCUGCCAAAUGGUUGGCUUCUCCUUGACUGAUAGUGAUACGGAAGUUCUAAAUAGUGCUGAAAACUUACUAUCUACUGCUUUCUCCAAGUGGGAAGUGAUUCUCUGCAAAUCACCUAGCCUGGAUCUGGUUUGGGCGCAGGUUUUAUCUGAUCCUUUUUUAAGGCGGCUUAUUGUUAGAUUCAUAUUCUGUCGAGCUGUGCUCUCUGCCUUCUGUCCUCGAGAAGGAAGCGAUCAAUAUCUGCCUGUUUGCCUACCACAACUUCCUAAUUCUCUCUCUCCCAAUUCUGAUGCUGUGCAGUCUUCGGUCAUCCAGCUUGCAGAUCAUCUGAAAGUUACCGACUGCUUUCACUUCGACAACACGUAAAUAGGACCAUAAGUUGAUGAAGUCUGUAAUAUAACAUUGUGGUUUUCUGAUAGGAAGUUUCAUUCAAUCUAAGAUUUUAUGAUACAGAGGCUCCUGAAAUUUCACCACCAGUUGGCCUGUCUGGGUACUCAAAAAGGUAUACAUCAUUGCUAAGUGGGGCUUGAGCCAGGCAUUGUCGAGGGUAUUUGAUCGAGCAUCCUUGCUUCAGCUUCUUUAAUUGCAUGUGCACGCCUCCCUGGUUUAACCAUCCGUGUGCCGAUACUGGUUUGUGUUUGAACAUAGCUGGGUAGAGUCUUGAGGAGCCCAUUGAUGCUUAAGGUAAUUGCUGUCAUGCAUGCUAGAGCCUUUUUCGUUAGUUCUCUUUUUUAUUUUUUUGGUCCCUUCUUUUUUUUUUGGACAACUUUGUAAAAGAAAAAUGAGAUAGGCUAGUGGGAUUAAUUGUUUUUUUCUUCCUCCCUUUGAAAAGUUUGAUUUACGUGUAUUCUUUACAAUUAAUGAAAUCAAAUCUAAACAUACUAAUAUUAUUAGUUUUA